AUGGAGAAGCAUGAGAGUGCAGUGCGUGCCAGAGAAGUAUGUGAGGCUAGUGAAGGAAAUGUACAGAGGAGCAAUGAUACAGUGAGAAGUAGUGUGGGCAUGACAAAGGAGUUUCCAGUAAACGUAGUGUUACAUCAAGGGUAUGCACUUAGUCCCUACCUCUUUGACCUUAUUAUGGCUGUGCUGGUGAAUGAUGUGAAGAAGGAAGCGCCGUGGAAUAUGGUGUUUGCGGGUGAUGUGGUUCUUUGUCAGCAGAGCAUCGACAGACUUGAGAAAAAGCUGGAGGAUUGGAGGAAGACACUAGAAGAAAGAGGGAUGAAAAUUAGCAGGACAAAGUCAGAAUAUUUAGCACUGACGGAUGUGCAGAUGAGGUCUUGCAAGAUCCAGGAGGAUGAGCUGAAAUCGGUCUCUAAAUUUAAAUACCUGGGGUUGGAGGACUCGAAAGCGAGGAAACUGAGUGGAGUGUUGUGUGACAAGAAUGUGAGCAUUGGGUCGAAAAGGAAAGUUUACAAGUCGGUGGUAAGGCCUGCUAUGAUAUACAGGGCAGAGACAUGGCCAAUCACAGUAGCCCAGGAAAGGAAGAUGGAAGUGGCGGAAAUGAGGGUACUGAGGUGA